AUUUCCGCUUUCGCUCCUUUCCGGCGGUGACGACCUCCCUACGAGAACAUGCCUCUCGCAAAGGAUCUCCUUCAUCCCUCUCCAGAAGAGGAGAAGAGGAAACACAAGAAAAAGCGCCUGGUGCAGAGCCCCAAUUCCUACUUUAUGGAUGUGAAAUGCCCAGGAUGCUAUAAAAUCACCACGGUCUUCAGCCAUGCACAAACGGUAGUCUUGUGUGUUGGCUGCUCCACUGUCCUCUGUCAGCCUACAGGUGGAAAAGCAAGGCUGACAGAAGGAUGCUCCUUCAGGAGGAAGCAGCACUGAGAGCCCCCGAUUGAUGAUGAGUGGGAACCUUCCCAAUAAACACAUUUUGGAUAUAUA